GCAUAGGAAAGUCAUAUUUUGGUCUUUACUUAUUUUAUCAAUUUGCAAAAUUAAAAAAGGAAAUAAUUUAUCAAAAUUUCAACUAUCCAGAAAGUGUUUUUUAUUUUUCAUCAAAAGAACAUAAAGUUUUUGAAGGGAAAACUCUGAGUGAAUUUAGCAAAGUAUUAAAUUUAGAAUCAACAAUAUACAUAGUUGAUGGUAUGAUACCUUCAAAUUAUCCUGCAACAAUAAUAGUUCUUACUUCACCUAGAAGAGAGAUAACAAAAGUUGUAAAAAAACUGCGGAGGUGGCAACCCUAUUACAUGCCUACAUGGACAAUAGAUGAAAUAGAAGAUGCUUGUAAUUCAUUAUAUCUUUCUAGAUCCAUAGAUGAUGCAAAAGAAUUAUAUGAAUUAUGUGGAGGCAUAGCUUGGUAUAUUUUUGAAUGGAAAAAAGAAAUUGCCUUCAAAGAGAUAGAGAGAGCUAUUAAAACUUGUAGCCUUGAUAAGAUAAUAAAUUUUAUUGGUGAGAUUGAUGCACCCAAUGAUACUUCUCAUGUGAUAAUUCACAUUGUAGUAGAUCCACAAACUUUUCAACAAUGCAAAGUUCAAUUUGCCACUUCUACCAUCAGAGAAAGGAUAUAUCAAAGAUUUUUAAAUGAACAAAGGUUUUCAUUACGUAAUUUUUUAAAAGCAUGCGAAGAUGAAUCAAUUACAGGUGGUAUUCGUGGUAAUUUGUUUGAAGAGUUUGCACAUAAAAUGCUAAAAGAUGGUGGAAAAUAUGAAAUAAAAUUAUUAGAGUCAGAAGAAGAGUUAAGAGAAGGAGAUACACAAAAGAAAAAAUAUAAACCUAAUAGUGAAACAUCUGCUUCUUUAACUAAUGAAUUAAAUUUGACUGUGAAAGGAACCUUUAAGUUUUCAAAACUUGAAGAAAUAACAGCAGAACAUCAAGGUUUUUAUUGUUAUCCAUCCAUACACUCAUUUGAAUCAAUUGAUGCAUUCAUUCCAGGAACUAUAUCUUCAAAUCAUUUACUUUUUCAAAUGACAGUUUCAAAUUUACAUUCCAUUAAACAAAAUGGGAUUAAUAAAGUAAUUAGACAUCUUAAUAAAGUUCAGAAUGAAGGAAAAGCAGCAGACCUGUAUUUUGCAGUUCCAGAUGAAAUUUAUUCAACAUUUAAUAAGCAGAAGUUUCAAACAAAACAAGGAAAUGAUGCAAAAAGAACACCAACAAUUGUAUAUUCUAUCAAGCAAUAUUCUCUUAAAAUUCCAUUGGAUGCAAAUAUGAUGAUUUCUUAA